CAAUCACCUCCUUUCAUAAAUUCCUCGAGAAUUCUUUCACAUCCCUUCAGUUUUCCUUAAAUAUUUAUAUCUCAGUUUCCAACUUUUCUAUAUUGUCUGUUUGUUUCUCAUACGUACGCACGUACACCUGUUGUCUAAGUGCUUUUCACUGUAAUUGAAUGGAGAAAUACGAGCAAUACCAGAGAGUUUUCAACCACUUUGAUUUCAACGGAGACGGCAAAAUAUGUCCGGCGGAGCUACGUCAGUGUGUGGGCUCAAUAGGCGGGGAGAUGACGGCGGAGGAGGCGGAGGCGGCGGUGGUGAUUAUGGACUCGGACGGGGAUGGGUUGUUGUGUUUGGAGGAUUUCGUGAGAAUAGUAGAAGGAGCUGGAGAGGAAGAGAAGGCGGGGGACUUGAAAGCGGCGUUCAAAAUGUAUGAAAUGGAAGGAAGCGGGUGCAUUACGGCGAAGAGCUUGAGGAGAAUGCUGAGUAGAUUGGGAGAGCGGAGGAGCGUGGAGGAGUGUCGGAAUAUGAUAGCUCGCUUUGAUAUCAACGGGGAUGGGGUUCUAAAUUUCGAUGAGUUUAAGGCCAUGAUGUCUCCCUCCUAAUUCAUGAUCAUGAUCCAUCAUGAAUUUUAUUUAAUUUUUUUCCCCUUUUAACGAGGGAUAAUUCCCAAUCUGAGUUAGAAUUUCUGUUUCAGGAGUCUCUCAUCAUCAUAUUUGUGUAAUUAAUUCAUGACUAAUCAUUCUAUAUAUUCAUGUAUAUACAACUGUUGUUGCUGCUGA